AUGUUACGGAGUCAAUUACCAUGUAUUCAAAAGCGAACAUUAUUUCAAAAGUACAGUAAUCCUCCAAGGUUGUCUUAUGUUGCGAAUAAAAGUUACAUCAGUUUGAUUUGGAAUAAUCUCAUUCCACAACCAUUGAAGUUAACAUGUUUAGUGGCAUCAGGCAUAGUUACAUUUGUGAACGUGCACCCACGGUAUUACAUCACUCUAGGUCCACCUGUUGGAUUGCUAGGAUUCUUUGGCUAUCAAAAAUACCGACAUUGGCAGUAUCAUAAAGCAGUUAGCAAAUUGGACGUAACGAAAUGGCAAGAUAAUGAAAUAAUCAGAAUUGCAAAAUAUGACGAGAAGUCUCUUGACAAUGUAAUAAUGGGAAUAGAUAAUCAGUAUGAUUCACUCAGAAGACAGAUUAUUCAACUACUGGAGCAACGAAUAAUCGAAUAUAUACUGGAGCAUGGCGUUGAAGACGAGAUAACCAGAUCAUUUAUAUCCGACGAUAAUCAAUUCAAUGUCCAUUUGCCCGAAUUGGAGAUCGAGAGUUGGGUUACCACAAACGUGAAGCUUGAAAAGAACAAUGACACAGUCUCUGAGUUUAUAAUGCUAUCGGUCCCCUAUUAUGAUUCAAAAAAUGUACACACUAGAAAACGAUUGGGUGUCGUGCUGAUUUAUUUACUACAAAUCCCUCAACAAGAAUAUUCAAGUUUUAUUGAUUAUAAGAUUGGCAUUGAAGUCACUCGUUUGAGAUGGAUCAACCCACAAUCAUUAUUUUUCACAAAGCUUGAAAGUAAAGCAUUAAUGCAAAGUGACAUAUACAAAUCUCUCAACAAAGAAAAUCAGAAUUAG